AUGCCUAAAUCUCAUCCCGAGGCCAGUAAAGGUCAGAUGUGCUUCAAUUGUGUUACGUCAGCCGAGGCAUUAGAACAGAUCCAGGCCGGUUUGACUCGAAUUGCCGUAUCACAUCCUGCGUCGAAGGUGAACGAAGAAGGACCAUUUGCACCCAUUGAGACGGCUGAAACGGUAACGUAUGCGUUACUUCAGCAGACAACUCGCCGAUCGGCCGGGCUACCGUAUUUUAUCCAAGGGAUCAUAAUCGAGCUGAUCCGAUAUUCAUCCUCAAAAGUCUCUCUACUAGACUCUCUUAUGCGACAUUUGAUGAGCGUGAUUGACACCCAUCUCGAGCGAUUUGAGGCCGGCCUACAUCUGAGCUCAUUGAACCACAUGGCUUCAGCAUCAGCAAUUGCCGUGCACGGCUCCAAGUGUUCAGCCACUAUCAAUCUGGAAAUUGAGGUAUAA